AUGGAGCGCUUCAAGGAGAAGGAACACCAGCAGAAGGAGAAAGAAGAAGAGGAAGAGAAGAAAUGUAAUGAUAAAGAAGAAGAAGAGGACGAGACGGAUGUGCAGACCGGCGUCGGGCCGGCACUGCUCGACCUGGAGAACUACGAGGAGGCGCUGAAAAUGCUCAACUCGGUCUUCACCGACUCGCGGCGCAUUCCCGCGGGCGUGCAGAAGCUACUGGAUGAGGUGGUGGUGGUGGCUGAUGAGCAAUGUCAUCAACAGCAACCACAGCCGCAGCAGUCAUCGAAAAAUCACCCUCACAGCCAAAAAGCUCGGCCCAACAGCUCUGCGUCCUUCUGGGCGAUGAUCAGCGCUCUGCGAGCCUUUGUCGCCCAGUUCGGCACCCUCCCGCUCGCCGGCUCUCUGCCCGACAUGAACUGCGGCUCGGAGCAGUACGCCCGUCUGCAGCGGAUCUACCGGGCGAAGGCGAGGGCGGACGCAGAGGCCCUCCUGGCGCUGCUCCAGAAGCAGCAGCAGAAGACUUGCGCCACAACUUCAACUGCCAACGGAGCAGCAGAAGCAGCAACAGCGGCGGCAGUCUCCGUCUCCGAGGUGGACCUCGCGCUCUUCUGCCGAAACGCCCGCUUCCUGACGGUGCUGCGGUGCGCCGGGCCGAUGGCCGAGGAGCUGACCACCGGGUCGGCGGCGCUGCGGGCGCUGGCCAGCUGCCCGCAGCUGCAGAGUGGCGCCGAUGAGGGGGAGGGCGGCGAGGAGGGCGGCGGCGGCGCCGGCUCCUCGCAGUACGACAUGCUGCGCCUCUACCUGCUGAUGCGACUGGUGGAGCGCUUCACCGGAAAGCACAACCGCCACCCGGGACAGCGGGAUGACGAGGUGGAGAGUGAUAUUGCAGAGUUGAAGCGCGAAUUUCGCGACCUCUCCAGCGACCUCGGCUGCAACAUGUUCAUCCAGGACGAGCUGAUUCAUGAGAU